AAACUUGCCAUUAGAAUAGAAUAGCUGGGGGAUGCCUGGGUGGCUCAUUUGGUUAAGUGUCUGAUUCUUGAUUUCGGCUCAGGUCAUGAUGUCAGGGUUUGUGAGAUUGAGCCCUGUGUCUGUGCUUACAGUCUGUUUAGGAUUCUCUCUCUCUCUGCCCCUCCCCCAUGUUCCCUCUCCCCCUCCCUUCCUUCCUCCCUCCUUCUCUCUCUCUCUCUCAAAAUAAAUAAAAAAUAAUAGAAUAGCAGAAUAGUUGGAGGUUUUAUUUCUUGACGUGAAAAUAAACAUAACCCUUUAGCCAGCUAUAAAGUUAAUACAGCUGAUUGAGAUGCUGGUGUGUAAGACAUGGAGGCAGCCUGGAUGGUACAUUCUUGGGAACAAGGCUGGCUGCCAUUAGAACUUUCUGUUGGCCACCUCAUAGAUGGAGCUGAUGUCUUCUGCAGGUGGGGCUUUUUGUGAUCCUCACUCCCAAAUGUUUCUGUCUUGACUGAUCCUGGAGACUCAGGACCACUCUUUGUCAUUUCAAGAGGAUUCUUUGCAUGUUUUAGUCAUAGGUCACACAGGGAUAUAUGUGUUUUCAAAGGAGACUGACUGCCUGCUUGCCCUAGGCAGAGGUACUAGGUGGGGAACCCCAGACAGUAAUUUUUUGCUCUUAGUCUUAAUUCAUUCUGGAGCAGUUGACCAAGAGAUAAUUGGGGUGCUCCGGGUAUUCCUAUUUGAAAUGAUAGGCAAUGAAAUGCCCUCCCUCUUUGCGAGUUGGAUACCUCAUGUUGGGGUUACUUGAGGUUACUGGGUUGGUUUUUUUUGUUUGUUUUUUGUUUUAAAUAUUUUUGAGAGUGCACAAGCAGGGGUAGGGGCAGAGAGAGGGAACAGAGGAUUUGCAGUGGGCUUUGUGCUGAUAGCAGCGAGUCUGAUGCGGGGCUCAGACUCAAGAACCGUGAGAUUGUGACCUGAGCCAAAGUUGGACACUCAACUACUGAGCCACACAGGAUGUUAGAUGUCAGUGGUGAAUCCCCUGGGCCUGGCUCUGCCCCACAAGAUAGGGGAGCUUGGUGCUCAGAACUUGAGGGGGGAUACAGUGUUUUCCUUUUUGGUGACGAUGAUUGGUGGUUAAGCUCUUUGGGCUAGUUGUGUGGGUCUCUCUUGUGUAGAGUUUUUUGUGUCAGGAGCUUGCACCCCUGGUGGCCUGUGUAAGUGUUCCCACAUCUAGCCCAGGUGCUCCAGGGAAUAUGUUUGAGUUGGGCUGCGAUGUCUUCUGGCUUCCAUUUUAAGGAAUGCUUAUAUCCAAGACGAGCUAGUCAUUUUUACCAUUCACUCACGAGGCAUUUCUUGAUUGUCUUGGUUCAUAGCUAUGAGAUGGGGCUGGGAAAGCUGUAUCUCAGGGAGAUGGGGUACAUUGGGAAGUCAGAGCUGAGGUGACCUAAGCAUACUUAAAGUCCAUCUGAGGCAUAAUGUUUACCACUGCUCUAACCUUACCAUUCUAAGUUUUUCCAGUGCCAUUUUGUAUAGUUUAGCGAGUGGAAGGCAGGAUUGAUAGUGGAGGAUGUCAGGUACAUGCCUAGUCUGGGAAUCAGGGUGUUAGAGUCAUUUUUGGCUAUAGGUAUACCAGGCCCUUGGGCUUUUUUCUGUACACACAUUGGCCCCAAAGGGUUAGAAUAAUCUGUGUGGUUUUACUUUAAGAGACAUUGUGCUGAAUGAAAUAAGCCAGACACAAAAAGACAAAUACCGUAUGAGUCCACUUAUAUGAGGUCACUAGAGCAGUCAAAUUCAUGGAGCUAGAAGAGUAGAAUGGUGGAUGCUAGGGGCUGGUGUGGUGGUAAUGGGGAGUUAGUGUUUAACUGGUGACAGAAAUUCAGUUUUGCAAGGUGACAGAGUUCUGGAAAUGGAUGGUGCUGGUGAUAGUUGCCCAACAGUGUGAAUGGACUUAACACCACUGAACUGUACAUUUAAUGGUUAAGAUGGUAUAUUUGAUGUUACCUAUAUUUUAGUACAGUAAGGAAAAAUGAAACCUUUCUGAAUUCAGAAAUAUCCUGCAUCCUUAUGAGCAUGUGUUUUACCCUCCCAAGAGUUAGCUUAGGGAGAAAGGAACAAAGGCACUCAUAUUUUGAUGGUCUAGCUUGUGCUGGAUGUUAUGAGGUUAAAGAAAAAAAAAAAUAGAUGUGUGGUUCUAGAAGGCCCAUUGUAGCAUCAUCUUGGGAGUGCUGGAGCAGAGAUUCUGUAGGUGUUCUUUGGUCCCCAUAGGGAUGGGGCCUGGAUGCACUUUCUCCAGCUGUCUGGGGUAACACAGGACUCUUGGAGUCUGCAGGGGACUUAAGAGAACAGAGUCCAGAAACAAUCUGAGGUCUUUUCUGCUCCAGUGCUUGGCUUAGAGAUAGAAGGUUGGUCAGCACGUUGACACAAGUUGCCUUUUGACGUAGCUGCCGCCAUGGCCAGCUGGUAGGAUCAGCAUCCCAUGCCCAGAAGCCAGUUCAGAAUGACUGAAGAAGCAUGCCGAACACGGAGUCAGAAACGAGCGCUUGAACGGGACCCAGCAGAGGAUGAUGUGGAAAGCAAGAAAAUAAAAAUGGAGAGAGGAUUGUUGUCUUCAGAUUUAAACACUGACGGAGACAUGAGAGUGACGCCUGAGCCAGGAGCAGGCCCAGCCCAAGGGUUGCUGAGGGGGGCAGAGGUGACAGCCAUGGGCAGAUGUGAAGGGCAGGCGGGCGACGGGCCCGUGGACAUGCGUACCUCAUACAGUGACAUGAAGUCUGAGAGGAGAGCCCCCUCUCCUGAUGUGAUCGUGCUCUCCGACAAUGAGCAGCCUGCAAGCCCAAGGGUGAACGGGCUGACGAAGGAGGCCUUGAAGGAGACCAGUACUGAGGCCCUCAUGAAAAGCAGUCCUGAAGAACGAGAAAGGAUGAUUAAGCAACUGAAAGAAGAGUUAAGAUUAGAAGAAGCAAAACUUGUUUUAUUAAAAAAGUUGCGGCAGAGUCAAAUACAAAAGGAAACCACCACCCAGAAGCCCACAGGCUCUGCUGGGAGUGCCGUGACCACCCCUCCCCCGCUUGUGCGGGGCACCCAGAACAUUCCUUCUGGCAAGCCAUCCCUUCAGACCUCUUCGACAAGAAUGCCUGGCAGUGUCAUCCCACCACCCCUGGUCCGCGGCGGACAGCAGGUGUCCUCCAAGCUGGGGCCACAGGCGAGCUCACAGGUCGUCAUGCCCCCACUCGUCAGGGGGGCUCAGCAAAUCCACAACAUCAGACAACAUUCCAGCACGGGGCCGCCACCGCUCCUCCUGGCCCCUCGGGCCUCUGUGCCCAGUGUGCAAAUUCAGGGACAGAGGAUCAUCCAGCAGGGCCUCAUCCGUGUCGCCAAUGUCCCCAACACCAGUCUGCUCGUCAACAUCCCACAGCCUUCCCCAGCAUCGCUGAAAGGGACAACAGUCACCUCUGCUCAGGCGAACUCCACCCCCACCAGCGUGGCCUCUGUGGUCACCUCUGCGGAUUCUCCAGCCAGUCGUCAGGCAGCUGCCAAGCUUGCGCUGCGCAAACAGCUAGAGAAGACGCUGCUUGAAAUCCCCCCUCCCAAGCCCCCUGCCCCAGAGAUGAACUUCCUGCCCAGCGCUGCCAAUAACGAAUUCAUCUACUUGGUCGGCCUGGAGGAAGUGGUGCAGAACCUGCUGGAGACGCAAGCAGGCAGGAUGUCAGCCGCUGUUGUUCUGUCCCGGGAGCCCUACAUGUGUGCGCAGUGCAAGACGGACUUCACGUGCCGCUGGCGGGAGGAGAAAGGUGGUGCCAUUAUGUGUGAGAACUGCAUGGCAUCCAACCAGAAGAAGGCACUCAAGGUAGAGCACACGAGCCGGCUGAAGGCUGCCUUUGUGAAGGCACUGCAGCAGGAGCAGGAGAUCGAGCAGCGCCUCCUACAGCAGGGUGCCGCCCCCGCACAGGCCAAGGCUGAGCCUGCCACUGCCCCACACCCCGCACUAAAGCAGGUCAUAAAACCCCGGCGUAAGUUGGCGUUCCGCUCAGGAGAGGCCCGCGACUGGAGUAACGGGGCUGUGCUACAGGCCUCCAGCCAGCUGUCCCGGGGCUCAGCCACAACGCCCCGAGGUGUCCUGCACACAUUCAGCCAGUCACCCAAACUGCAGAAUGCAGCCUCGGCCACAGCCCUUGUCAGCAGGACCGGCAGACAUUCCGAGAGAGCUGUGAGCACCGGCAAGGGCAAUGCCACCACCAACUGGAAGAAGGCACCCCUGAGUACAGGUGGGGCCCUUGCGUUUGUCAGCCCGAGCUUGGCAGUGCACAAGACCUCCUCAGCUGUGGACCGCCAGCGGGAGUACCUCCUGGACAUGAUCCCGCCACGCUCCAUCCCCCAGUCAGCCACGUGGAAAUAGUGCGAGCCGGGCCCGGUGGAGAACAGGCUCCCUCCUCCCUCCCACCUGGCCCUGCCACCCUCCACUCGGGAAGACAUCAUGCUCCCCGAGAGAAUGAGUGAGCGAGCGCCGGCCAUGCUGCAGAAGCAAGGGCUCCAUUCUUGGCUGCAAAAUCUCGUCGCAGCUGAGGGGCUGCUUCACAGGUGGACGAGGAAUAUCACUGGGGGACCUUUCCCUUGGGCUUUUUUCCUUUCUUUGCCUUUAGUUUGCCCAACACCAGCAGAAAAGUGGACCUCGGGGGCUGGUUCUGCUUCCGGCCCUUCCUUUCAGCCCCCCUCUCCCCCCAAUCCCCCCAAGCCCAGCAGGGUGCAUGGACGGCUCACCCUGGACACUGUGACACGCUCGGCGAGACCGGCGCCCGGGGCUUCUGAAGUCGAGCGGAGCGUUCUGUUUUGUUUUUGCUUCUCCCCAUCUUAGCCCUCCAAGUCUUUGACUGCCUUCCUUCAUGGCAAUCUCUAGGUUGACAGAUUUUUUUUUUUUUUAAUCACCUCAUGAUGAUGGAGUUUAAAGUAAACCGUGCAGACCCAGGGGUCCCUGCCGAGCACGGCCCCCACACCCCAGAGGGUGGGCCACUGACUGCCCAGCUCUCAGUCUAGCAGAAGGCCUCUGCUGCUGCUCAUCCCGGAGACCCCGGACCUCCCACACUUAGCAGAAGAACAAAUGCAACCCUGACCCAGACAGAGAGCCUGGAAUCCCGGAAGCCGCGUACCGCCAGUGGAGGGAGGAGAGAAUUGGCAGCAACAUCUGGAGCCUGAGUGGGAAAUUAGAGGGGCAGGCUAUUGUGUUUUUUGUUGUUGUUGUGGUUUUAUUUUAUUAAAUUUUUCUUUUCCUACUUAUUUUGAUGGACAACAUCCUAAGGUACCCUGGCCUAUGCUCCUGUCAGGUGUGUCUGGUGGGGAGGUGCCCCUGCCCCUCCAAGAUGUCAGGGUUUCUGUUUGGGUCUAGUUUAGAACCUUUCCUUAAAGCAGGGCCAUGCUGCCAGGGUUCGCCUUCAGACUUUUUUUUUUUUUUUAAUCCCUCUUUCGAGUCUACAGAAAUGUCUUUCAAAGGAUCAGGUCUGCUCUUAGUUUCAUUUUGGUUUCUCCCACUCUUUAAAAAUCAGUUCCAUGAGGAUAGACAGAAGCCGUCGUAAGUGUGCUGUGCACGGGGCUGUCUCUGUGCAGGUGCAAGGGUGUCCUGUGUGCAUGCACACACGUGUGUCGAUGUGGAGAUGGGGUACACUGCUCCCCACUUCAGCCCCAGCCCUAGUUUUCCUAUCCAUGCAGUUAGGGACUUAAUUUAAAAUCCUUAUUUUGUAGGGCCGCCGCCUUCAAAACACACUGCUACAACAUUCUAAUAAAGGCUCAUUUAACCCCCUCAUGUUGUGUGAAUAUCCAUGUUUAGCAACAUUUUGACCUGCGGUAGAAGACUUAGUUUUGCAACAUUCUAAUUUUUUGUUGUGUAAAACCCUAUAUUGCUCAUUGAUUUUUGUUUUGAGUGCAUAACUUACAUGGGCUGAAGGAGGGGAGGGUGGGGAAGAGUGGCUUUCAUUCCAAGAUCCAGGGAUUUGGGGGAUAGGAGGGAUAUUGACAUUGGGGGGGGGAGGUGUUUUUACACCAAAAAAUUAAGAGUAUGCAAGCAUUUCUAUUCCUCACAUUUUUCUGUGUGCCUGGCAAAUAAAUACUUGUCUUAUACUACCCUGAGCUGUUAGCCCUCUCUGUUCAAUGACAUGGGCCAGGUUUUCCAAAUCCUUCAAGAAGGAGCACCUGGUCUGGCCUCUUACGUGGGCAAACAGACCUCAGUUCUAUGCAGUAACUUGGGAUCAGGCAUCCAGGCGAGAGUCACCUCUGCACUGGAGGGGUGUGCCAGGAUUGUCACACCCCAGCUGGAGUUGAAUGGGUCUGUGACUCAAGGGCCUGAGUUGAGCUGUGCUGCACAGGUUGGGCCUCAACCCCAGCCCAUUAGAACCUCGCUCAUCACUGUGCUCAGGAACCACCUCUGCUCACCUUGCCUGGCUGGACUUCUACCAGCCUCUGAGCUAUUAAGGGAGCCUCAUGAAUUCAGUACAAAUCCGACCACCACUGGUGGAGGAUAGGGCUACAAGCCCUGGCUCUGCCUCCUCCAGCCCAGGGUCCCUGGGAAUAAUCCCAUCAGGGGCCACUUACUGUGACAUGUAACUUUUUUUUAAAGGGGACAAGAACGUGAGAUGCCUUAAUCUUUUGUUCAUUUCUACUGUAUCAAAACUCCUACUCCCCCCCCCCCUUUUUUUUAGUUUCUCCCUUUGUGGUAUAACUUCUCUGAUAAGACCCAAAUAAGUUCUUUGAUGAGACUUACGAUGUUACAGGAAAGGCAUAUUAAAUCUCUCUGCAUGUGGGGUUUGGACAUACUCAGAAAGGAUAUUAAUGUUAAGGGUGUUUUCCCAGCAGCAAAGCUCAUCCCUCAAAAUUGGCCACAGUGCUGGGGUUCUGGUCUCUCCCUGGCCCCUGGGGCCUCAGACCAAGAGGACCUGGUUCCUAGGAGCAGUGAGAAUUUGGGAGCCCUCCGUCCCAAACGAUAAAGGUCCCGAGUUAUCUGUGACAUGAACUCCCAAUGGCAACUGGGAAACUGUUCAAGAUGCUGGCCACCUCUGGAAGGAUGAAGGUUUGCAUAUUUGAAAUGGCCAUAUGUGUAUACAUGCAUGUGCACAUAGAUACCUGUGUGUCCACUUGGAGCCACCCAUUGCUCUGGCCAUCCUGCCCAUGUCAUGGGGCCCUGGUUCCUAGUAUCCCAACCGUGAUGUUGGGACCCACACCUUUGACAAGGCCGACAGUUGCCCUCCUUCCAGGGGUAGCCUCUGGUCCUGUCUGUACCCUGAGACCUUCAUGAAGCAAGGCUUGGCCCCAGCGCAGAGGGAAUGAAAGGCAACUGAGUACAGCCCUGCUGUGUUGCGGCUCCUGUGUCCUACAUGUCAUUUUCCUGUGGACAGUCAUGGGGAGGGAUUUUCUAUAUAAUUUAAACAUUCUCGUCACAGGGGUGUAGAUCAUGAAAAAGACAGUUGUUGCUGCUCCACCAUAGGGUUUUUAUUUGAUGCUGAGCUAUGCUGCACAUGAUGGUUGCCUAAAAAAUUCGGACUGAGCUUUUUUUUUUAAAGGACAGCUGAAGUUUUAUAAUACUUAACAAUGAAAGUGUAAUAGACAGUUACACUAGUGCAGGGUAUUUGGAAAGUGGGGUUUUGGGGGGUGGGUGGAGAGGUUGUCACUUGUAUUUAUUGUGACUCUAAAUCUUUGAUAAUAAAUGUAAAAAGUUGACCACCAAACCGGAAUAGAAGUUCCAAUGAACAGAGGCUGGAAUCAAUGGCUAUACAUUGUGUCAUGAGGAAGUCUUAGAAUCUGAAGGAAAAUAAAGAAAUGGACAAUGA